UUAGGGUUAUUAUACCGCUACGAAGAUGGGAGAUUGAACAAGAUAAGAUGGAUCUGAUGGAAUUGUCAAAGAAGAGGAAGGCUGAGAUGGAUCAGCAAAAAUCGCAGAAGAAGAAGAAGGCUAAGAUGGAUCUGAGAAAAUCGCAGAAGAAGAAGAAGAAGGCUAAGAUGGAUCUGAAAAGAUCGCUGAAGAUGAUGAAGGAGAAAGCUAAGAUGGAUUUGCUAAUAUUGGCGGAGGAGGCUGAGAGGGAUCUGAUAUCGAACAAGAGGAGGAAGAUAUCGCCGGAGAAUAUGGAUCUGAUAACAUCCAGCGAGAAAAAGAAGGAGAAGAAGGCUGUGUUGAUUGGAUUGAAGCACCCGGAUCCGCAGAUGAAUGAUAUUGAUGUGAAAGAACAGAUAUUGAGGAUGAAAGAUUUGCUGAUAAAUCAUCGUGGGUUUUCAGAGGAUAACAUCACUCUCAUGAUUCAGGACGAACAACACGAAGACCACGAGAACCAGCCCACUGAGAUCAACAUACGAGUGAAGCUAUGCAGGCUGGUAGACCGUGCUGAUCCAGGUGACAUCCUCUUCGUCCACCUCAUUGCCUAUGGCUGUUCUGAUGGCGUUAUUAUUACUUCUGAUCAAGAUCACAUCCCAGAUUCUUAUUUCCGGGCACUGAUAUGGAAUGCGGGUAAAAAGGGUUGUGAUCUGACAUUUGUAUCUGAUUGCCUAAUUGCACCUCAUAAGUGUACCUGUCCUAUAACCCCAUUUGUUUCUGCCACUUAUGAGGAAAUGGAUAUGUUCUUAAAGAGUUUGAUACCGGAAAACUAUCACUUAUUUCCUCGUAUAGACUAUGGAAUGUUGGUAUCCACCAAUUUAUCAUCUGUUGAUGAGGAUGACAAGAAAACUACUCAAGAUGAUGAUGUUGGUCAUGGUUCUUCACGUAUAGUUCUGUUGACGCCUUUUCAACGUGAUCAGAAUGCCGCCACCACCACCACCACCACCCAGGAAGAAGCAUUAGAAGAAGAGGAAGAAGUAGAAGAAGAGGAAGAAGCAUUAGAAGAGGAAGAAGUUCCCUUUGAUCAAAAUGCCAGCAACCAGGAAAUAGAGGAAGAAGACUCCUUUGAUCAAAGCGCCGCCGUCACCGAUCAGGAAAAGGAGGAAGAAGAAGAGGAAGUAGAAGAGGAACAAGUUCCGUUUGAUCAAAUGGCUGCCACCAACCAGGAAGAAGAGGAAGAAGACUCCUUUGAUCAAAAUGCCGCCGUCACCGACCAGGAAAAGGAGGAAGAAGAAAAGGGAGUAGAAGAGGAACAAGUUCCGUUUGAUCAAAACGCUGCCACCAACCAGGAAGAAGAGGAAGAAGAGGAGGAAGAUGGGGAAUUUGAACCCGCAAUAUUAUGUGACUUAACCAGGAAGGAGAAAGAACAUUAUUUAAAAACUGGUUCAAUAGUGUUUUUUUCCGAUUCCGAAGAGGAAAACCAACUUUCCUCUGAAAAGGGUUCAUUUACCAUGAAUGACUCUUAUGUAUCUGAGUUAUUCUUCCCCCCACCAAAGGGAACCACCACUUCUCCUGACCACACAUCAUAUGGGGCUUUUACCAAAGCCUUACUCGAUGUAAUUGAAGAUGCAAUUCAAGAGACUGAUGGUUGGGUUACAAACUUGGAUCUUGCUAAAAAAGCUAUGAGUAAACUUGGAGAAAUGCCUGGACUCUCUUGCAAUCGCCACCAACAUGCUAAUGCUUCUUUUGUGUGCUGAGCUUAUGUUGGGAAACAAAGAUACAAUGUUGCUUUUGGAAUACAAUGCUUCUUUUGGAAUCAAUGUUUCUUUUCUAUCUCUAAGUGUAAACCACUACCUCAAUUCUUGUAAAUGUCAAUUAGUUUUCUUGGUUUUUCAUUUCAAUUCCAAUUCCACUUUUAAACCACUG